AUGCUUCAGAUGAGCGAUCAAGGGACCCUCGAGGACAUUGAACGCCAAUUCUUGGACGCCGCCCAACGCGACGGCGGACUCGAGAGCAUUCAGGUGCAGAACGAGAACGGAGCCGUCGCGCCGGAGAAUGGAAAUGGGAAUGCGGAGAAGGAGGGAGGAGGGAAGGACGACGAGGAUCGCAAGAAACGGAAGAGGAGCCGCUCCAGGGACCGCGAUCGCAAGAGAUCCAGAUCGUACGUUUUUAUAACAGAAAACAUUGAAAAAUGCCUCUUUUGUAAUCUCUGAAUAUUUGGAAUUUCAAACUAUUUUCAGGCGUGACCGUCGUGACCGCGAGAAGGAGCGUUCGCGUUCCCCGCGCGACCGCCGCCGCGACCGCUCUCGUGAUCGCCGCGAGGACCGUCGCGGCGGAGGCGACGAGCGGCGCGAAGAGCGUCGUCGCGAAGAGCCGCAAAAGCCGCGCGAGCCGAAGAAGUACCGUUUCUGGGACGUGCCGCCGACGGGCUUCGAACACACGACGCCGAUGGAGUACAAGACGAUGCAGGCGUCGGGACAGGUGCCGCGCGGCAGCAUGCAGUCGGCGGUGCCGGUCGUCGGACCGUCCGUCACGUGCCAGUCCCGUCGUUUGUACGUCGGAAACAUUCCGUUCGGCUGUAACGAAGAGGCGAUGCUCGACUUCUUCAACCAGCAAAUGCACCUGUGCGGACUGGCGCAGGCGCCCGGCAAUCCGAUUCUCCUGUGCCAAAUCAAUUUGGACAAGAACUUUGCGUUCAUCGAGUUCCGCUCGAUAGACGAAACGACGGCCGGCAUGGCGUUCGACGGCAUCAACUUUAUGGGGCAGCAGCUGAAAGUGCGCCGCCCGAGGGACUACCAACCGUCGCAGAACACGUUCGACAUGAACUCGCGCAUGCCCGUCUCCUCGAUAGUCGUCGACUCGCCCAACAAGAUCUUCAUCGGAGGCCUCCCCAACUAUUUGACCGAGGAACAGGUGCGAAACGGCAGAGAAAAUUGGAGAAAUUCAGAGCAUUUUACCAGUGGGCCACGAAAAAUGCAGAUUUUAGCGAUGUUUCACUGGAAAUUGCAGCUUUACAGGGGUGUUGUAGCGUUUUUCAGAAGAAUGCUAGCGAAAAUAGUUUGAAACGAACGAUUUUCAUUGAUUUUAUAGCGGGUAGCUUGAAUUCCAGGGAAAGUACAGAUUUUGUCGAUUUUUCAACGAAAACUCGCUGUUUUGCAGUGGCUUUUGUCCGAUACAGUAGAAAAAUGGCAAAACGAUUUACUCUUCAUUUUCCACAUAUACUAAUCAGAAUCGAGUGUUUCAGCGCUCCCGGUGCGUUCGCUCGAAGCGUAUGGUUGCUGUUGUUCGAUCAAUAAUUACCAUCUCUCCCCGUCCACCCAUUUUCCAGAUUUUUAGACGAUUUUUAGGUGUUUUAGGGCUGUCUCUCCUCCUUUUUUAGAUCACACCAACCAAAGCGAACAGAGCACAGGUUCUUGACGAAUUUCAGAGCCAAAUGCGGGUUGAAAAGUGAAAAACGUGUUGGAUUUUGCAGGUGAAAGAGCUGCUGUGCUCGUUCGGACCGCUCAAGGCGUUCUCGUUGAAUGUCGACUCGCAGGGCAACAGCAAGGGAUACGCAUUCGCCGAAUACUUGGACCCCACUCUUACUGAUCAGGUAAAUUUCCAUUUCUCUGUGAAUUUCUCAGUAUUUUUCGGAAAAUGAAACGCCUCACGAAAUUUGAGCCCCAAAAAGUACCGUAUCACAAUUUCUGGAAUUUACAGGCCAUCGCCGGACUGAACGGAAUGCAACUGGGCGACAAGCAGCUGGUGGUCCAGCUCGCGUGCGCCAACCAACAGCGCCACAACACCCACCUGCCGAACUCGGCAUCGGCGAUCGCCGGAAUCGAUCUGUCGCAGGGCGCGGGCCGAGCCACAGAGAUUCUGUGUCUGAUGAACAUGGUGACGGAGGAGGAGCUGCGCAACGACGAGGACUACGAGGAGAUUCUGGAGGACGUGCGCGAGGAGUGCUCCAAGUACGGCAUCGUGCGCAGUCUCGAGAUACCGCGCCCCUACGAGGGACACGCGGUGCCCGGUGUCGGAAAGGUAAAAAGAGUUUCCUUACGAGAAAAAUUCCCCAAUUUUGCAGGUGUUCGUCGAGUUCGCCACCACUUCGGAUUGUCAGAGAGCUCAGGCGGCGCUGACCGGCCGCAAGUUUGCGAAUCGGACCGUCGUCACCUCGUACUACGACGUCGACAAGUACCACAACCGUCAAUUCUAA